AUGGCCCAGGAGCUCGCAACUUUCAAACGCGAAGAGCAGGAGUCUUCUAACGAAUUACGAGAAGAGAUUGCAGCGAUUGUUAGAGAUGUCAAAGUUUUGAAGUCAGAAUCACCAUACUUUCAACGAAACAAGCAUCAGCCAGAUCGGCGGUUACCGGGGGAAGUUGAUGACCAACGCAGCCAGAGUCGUGGGGAUAAUAAUAUUGUUGAGAAUGGGGAGUGGCUAUUGGUCUGA